CGGUAGGUAGCGCAGUUGAGAGGAACAUUUCCCCAAGAUGCGCACGACAACCAGUGCUUUGGCCGUCUUGGCCUUGAUGGCGGAGCUUGUCGUCGCAUGGCCGGUGCACACUCCCAAACUCGCCUACAACCCUGCGGACGAGUACUAUAUCUCCUUCGGUCCUCGCCCUUAUUAUCUCAUCCAGAACAUGACCGAAUCUCCCCUCAAGGAUCAGCUGGAAUCUUGCGAGAAUGGGCCUUUCGGCGUGACCGCGUGGAGCAUCGGCCAUCGUGGCGGUGGCACACUUCAAAUCCCCGAGGAAACCGUGCAAUCUACCAUGGCUGGCGCUCGUAUGGGGGCGGGAAUUCUAGAAUGCGACGUCUCCUUCACGUCGGACCUUGGGCUAGUAUGCAGACACGACAUCUGUGACUUGCACACUACGACCGAUAUCCUGUUGAGACCGGAGCUGGCCAAAAAGUGUCACACUCCAUUCACGCCGGCCAACGCAACCCACCCGGCCAAGGCUCUUUGCUGCACCGCUGAUAUCACAAUGGACGAGUUCACGUCUCUCUGUGGAAAGAUGGACGGCUUCAAUGCCAGUGCGACCACGCCGGAGGAUUAUCAGCACGGGGUCCCCUUUUUCCGCACCGAGCUGUACGAUACGUGCGGACAGGUCAUGACGCUCGACAGUUAUAUCGAGCUCGUGGACUCUCUUCCGGGAUACCGCAAUUUCACGCCCGAGUUGAAAACCCCUCCCAAGGCAGUUCCCAUGCCAUUCAACGGGUACACACAAGCCCAAUAUGCUCGGGACAUGAUCAACACCUUCAUCAGCCACGGCAUCGACCCAGCCCGCGUGUUCCCUCAAUCCUUCACUCCCGCCGACGUGUAUCUGUGGUUGAACGAGUUCCCCGAAUGGGGCGCUCAAGCAGUGUUCCUUGACGAGGAUGGAGACGACCCCAGCAACUUCACAACGGCCGUUAACCGUCUCCCUGCCCUCAAGGCAAGCGGAGUCAAUAUCAUCUCUCCUCCGAUCAACUACCUGCUGGCCGUCGGAGGGCCGAACAAUGACACCAUCGUGCCCUCGGACUAUGCCAUCACGGCGAAGAACGCCGGGCUCGACAUCAUCGCUUGGUCAUUCGAGCGUUCUGGCCCUCUGACUCGCGUCGCUGCAGACGGGGACUAUUAUUACUCGUCCGUGGCGCCGGUGGUGCAUUACGAUGGCCAGAUGUAUGAGAUCCUCGACAUCAUGGGACGUGAGAUUGGCAUCAAGGGCAUGUUUGCCGAUUGGUCUUCAACCGUCACGUACUAUGCGAAUUGCUUUGGUUUGAAAGGACCAGGAAACUAAACCCUUCGAAUCUAAUGACGGCUAAAUGAUGAAGAAAUUUCACUGAAGUAAAGGGAACGAGGAAGACCAUCCUUUUGGAUUUGUACAUAGGCAAAUUAAUAUGCAUGAAUGCUUCGACGUGGAGCAGUAAUAUUGUUUGGUCGAG